UAGGUGAAGACGCUGACCGCAGUUUCUUACGAAAAUUAUCUUUAAAGAAUGAGGGCUUUAUGAGGCAUAUUUAUGAAGCAGCUGAUGCAGCUUUACAGUUGCGUGAUUUCUACAAACAGGUGUCUUCGCCGCUUCUAUCCAACGUUAAAUUUACUUAUCCCAAAGAUCAAAUCAAGGAGGGUUCUCUAACUCGUAGUAAGUUCCGGGCUGUGUAUGACGGAUCAGAAGUGGUGGUAGCGGGUCGUGUCGCUGAAGACGUGUCAGAGAUCGAUACGCAUAUCAUAGGUAUCUGCGGAGUCUCCGAUGGACCUAGCAGGAAAAAAUACGAUGUUAUGCAUAAAAUCCCCGUGUCACGUGCUAAGAACGAAUACAUGCCGCUAGAACGUUUAUGGGCAUAUCUCACUAUCAAACAGUUGCUGGAUGAAAAAGAAAUCUCCGAUGCCGACAUUAAGGCUGAGAACACACCAGAAAAGAAAGCUUUACAAAUAGCCCUGAAGUACGAGUUUGUAACACCCUUGACUUCGCUAGUUGUAGUUAAACCAAAUGCCACAAAAUCUGCCGUAAACGCCGAAUCCGUCGACUUAAAACCAAGUUUUGAUUUUGCCGACAAUGGCUACCCGCAAAAUAUUAUCCCUCUAUCCGGGAACUUCGUAAAUUCUCUCACCUUAGCACAACCAGCCGUACAUCAACAUCUACUUUCGAGUCAACCGUUAGGUGCUUCGUUCCAAGCGGUAGCAGAUGCAGUUGAAGAAGAAUAUGUAGAUUAUGGUAUGCCAUUGUCGGGCGUCAAUUUUCAUCGAAUGGCUUUAAGGCCAACAUCGAGCUUCUUUUCUCAUCGAAUGGAUUUUAAUGGAUACCAGCCCCAGCAAAAAGGAGUUGAAAUAACUGAAGUCGCAUCAACUACAUUGAGCGCUCCUCCUGCAUCGCCCUUGAGCCAAUAUAAUUUGGAUGGCUAUCCUUGGGCUCAAGACCUCAUCAAUGUUACCGCAGAUAUGUUGGAAUUAAUGGUCAAUGGCACAAAAGUGAACCUAAAAGUAUCUAAAGACACAAAGGUCCCCACUUCAAGUGGUGGCGACGUACAAUGUGAAAAAGCGACAGACGCUUCUACGGGUGUAUGUGUGUAUCUGACGCGCUGCCGUUCUGCCAAACCAAUCAGUUCUGUUCAGUACGCUGAACUCUACUGCAUCGUUGGUGAUGGUUAUGCUGGAGUUUGCUGCCCAAGCGAAGAAGUGGAAAAAAUUGAAAGCAAUUAAUUUAAAAUAUAUUGUAUUAAAUAUAAUACGCAAUAUGCGUAACGCAACAGUGAUAUUGUCAGUAAAAUAGGUGCUUAUGCGAUUAUGACAUUACACUGAAUUUAGUCGUGUUAAUUCAGUCGUCACUGAAUUUAAGAAAGUGUCGGAUUCAGCAUGUUAGCAUCCCAAAAUUUUCAGAAGAUUUUUGACAGAAGGAAUCGUUUAGAAGCCUUAUUUGAAACGCGAUAUGUAAAACAAUCUCGAAUCUAUUCUUAGAUAAUUUCCGAGUUCAUUAGCUCUAAAUCACUCAUGAUAUCCUUAUCUGAUGCUAGUAUCUUAAUUUAGGACAGUGUGAUCAAAAGCUUCUAAUUUCUAAAGUUACCUCUGAAUUCAGGAACUAAAUUCAGUGAAGCGAAAUAAGCACUUUACUUAAUAAUUAGGAGUACAUAAUUAUCUAUAUUUUAACUGUAUAUCAUACAAAAUGUCUUCAAUGUACUUCUUUAAAAUAUCAUACUUUAAUCAUUUAUUUAUAUUGUUGAUUUAAGCCUAGUUCUCUAUAUGCUAUAUGAGACUAUUAAAUUGACAACGAAAACUUUGUGUUAUGUAUGUAAGUUAAAAAAAUACAUUUGUAAAUUUAGACCGUCUUCAGAGUACCGAAAAAUUUCAAGGGUUCCUUUUAUAAAUGAAUAUAAUUAUACAUUAUAAAUUGUUUUAAGGAUAG